AUGAACUCCACUUUAGCCACAUCUUUUCUCCCCCUCAAAACACCUCCUUCCUUCAACUCACCUUCACUUCUCCAUUUCCCCACUCUCAAAUCUCACAAUUCCACUUCUACCCCUUCUCUCAAAAUAGCAAAAGCCUCCUCCUCCUCCUCAAAUGACACUUUCAAAAACCCAUUAACCCAAACCCUCAAAAACCUCACCAAAACAGCUAUUUUGAUUGGUGUCGCAGCUUCCAUGGCUGCUAAAUUCCCUGUAUUGCCUGCAAAAGCCCAAACCCCUGCAGCUCUCACUGAACAAAACCCGACUCUUGAAGAAGAAGAAGAUACAGAUAAACUUCAAAACCAGAGCCAAAGUGACCCAUCAACGCAAUUCGAAGCUAUUGAUUCUCUAAAAUCACUUUUACAACAAAAGCUUGAAAAGGGCCAAGAUGAUGAGGCUUUAAAGAUUUUAGAGCAGUUGGUAUCUGCCCAACCGGAGGUAACUGAAUGGAAGUUUUUGAUGGCAAGAUUGCUGAACGAAAUGGGUCGGGCCCAAGAUGCUCGCAAUGUGUUUGAAGAAAUUCUUGCUGCGAAUCCUUUUUCUUUUGAGGCAUUGUUUGAGAAUGCACUACUGAUGGACCGCAGUGGAGAAGGAGAGGCGGUUAUCACGAGGUUACAAGAGGCUUUGGAUAUUGCGGAAGAGGAGAAUAAAGUGAAGGAAGCGAGGGACGUUAGGUUGAUUAUGGCACAAAUACAGUUUCUGCAAAAGAAUGUGGAGGAGGCGUUGAAGAUUUAUCAAGAGUUGUCGAAUGAGGAUCCUAAUGAUUUCAGGCCUUAUUUUUGUAGAGGGAUGAUAUAUAGUUUGCUUGACAGAAAUGAGGAGGCAAAAGAGCAGUUUGCCAAGUAUCGGGAGCUUUCGCCAAAGAAGUUUGAGGUGGAAGGGUAUUUGAGGACCUCGUUAUCAAGGAUGAAGCUUUUUGGGUCGAACGAUAAGAAUUGA